AUGACUUCCAGUAAUGGAGAUUCAUUAGCAGUAAAACGAUCAGCAGCUACACAAAUUGGUCAAAUAGCUAGUACACUUCCAAAAGAAGUCGAACCUAUACUUAAUAAACUUAAAAGACAUGUUAUUCAUUCAUCAUGGGAUGUUCGUAUUGCAUGUGGCUUAGCUAUUGAACUUAUUAGUAAAAAUAUAUCUGAUGACUUUUCUAUUUUAUUAAAUCCAACUUUACGAUAUAGAUUAAAACUGACUACAUUUGAUUUUAAUAAUGUUAUUGUUAAUAGUUCAAUAUUAUAUCUUGGCGCACGUAAAAUAGAAGAUAUAGGCGAUUAUGAUGGAAAUGUAUCUGUACAAAAGAAAUUUGUUUGCAAAGAAUUUAAUUUUGGUCUACAAGAACGUUUAACGGGUACAGUUAUGCCUAUUGAAGAAAAUGAUUUUAAAACAGAACCAAUUAAUGGAAAUAAUACGCAUAUAAAAUGUGUUUCAUCGAGUGAUUUACAACGAUAUGUAUUUGGUGAUCUAUAUGCAAUUAUUGAACAAGAUUCAUCAGCUGAACCAACACCUUCAAAAAGAUUGAAAUCCUCGAGUACUACGGAAGAAAAUGACGAAAAUCGAUCAUAUUGGUCAUUAAAUGAUUUUUAUGAUUGGUUACUUGAACAAAUAUUUCAACCAUCUUGGGAAUAUCGUCAUGGAGCAGUUACUGCUAUUCGUGAUUUUCUCAAAGGACAACAAUUUGUAACAAUAUCUAAUGAAUUUUAUUAUCAAUGGCUUGAAGAUUUAAGUGUUCGAUUAUUAACAUUAAUUAUACUCGAUCGAUUCGCUGAUUAUGUAUCUGAUGAAGUAAGUUAUAUUUUUUUUUAG